UAUUAUCAAAUGGAAAAGUAUUAGUCAUUGGUGGAUAUAAUAAUGAUUUUUUAAAUAGUGCUGAGCUAUAUGAUCCAUUAACAGGUAUUUGGACACCUACUGGUAACAUGAAUAAUGUACGAAUUUAUCAUACAGCAUCUAUAUUACCAAAUGGAAAAGUAUUAGUUGCUGGUGGAUACAACGGUAGUAUUGCUUAUAAUAGUGUUGAGCUGUAUGAUCCAUUAACAAGUACUUGGAUAGCUACUAGUAAUAUGAAUAAUGCACGACAAUGGCACACAGCAUCUAUAUUAUCAAAUGGAAAAGUAUUAGUUGCUGGUGGUUUAGGUGUUAGUAGUUAUUUAAAUAGUGCUGAACUGUAUGAUCCAUUAACAGGUACUUGGACAACUACUAAUAACAUGAAUACUGCACGACAAGAGCCCACAUCAUCUCUAUUAUCAAAUGGAGUAGUGUUAGUUACUGGUGGAUUUAGUAAUCUCAAUUUUUUAAACAGUGCUGAAUUAUAUUAA